AUGGGCAUGUAUAUAUACUCCAAUGCCCUGCUUGAUCUGCAUGUGGCAAAGGGAACCCAACCCCACUGCGGGUGGGGACAGGUGUGCAGCGCAAAGUGUCGGUCCGAUCAGAGUCACAUUUGGUCGACUGGUUUUUUCGGUCCGCCGCUCUGGACCUCCACAGCUCCAAGCGCCAACCUCCUCCGUUCCGCCAAGCGGCAGCCUAUCACGCUCGCCGCCACCAUCGCUGCGCGGCAAUGCAGCCAACCAUCAACGUCCAUCGCCACAAUUAGCGAAAUCACCAUCGGUUUCACCUACUCGGGUUGGUGCACCUUCGUCGUGCCAAGUCAUUGGGUUUUCAUCGAGACAUGA